AUGGAACAAAUACCUCUCUUGCAGCUUGGGCAGGCUUCACAUCAGGAACCGGGAGGACCUCAUCAACAUAGCAUGCAAGAAGCCACGGCGUGGACAUCAUCUGGGCCAGGCAGCAUUGCGUUCACGGAAGGACCUUCGCGGCUCAUCGAGGUCAAAGACGGGUCCAAGACAUGUGUCGCAAUCCUUCCAGAUGAGACAUUUGGGAAACAACUGUUGCAACUCACGGCGGAGAAUCUGGCCAAAAGGAAAGCUGAUGAUCAAGGAUAUGACCGUUUGUGCAGCCUGGACCGGCGACUGACCAACAUCGCGCUCGACAUAGCCCAUCUCUGUGAGAAGAUAGAUGCAUGGACCGACUUUGGGGCCAGGCAGCAUCGAGAGAAAACUCCAGCUCUGCGUCAGGAGUUGUCCAGUUUGAGGCGACAGCAGGCACUUCUGGAGUCCAAGCGACAAACGACUGACCAGGCCUGGGAUACGAGGGUACAUGAGCAUGUCCUGAAUGUGGACGGCCUCUUCUCUACUUUGAACAGUGUGUUCGUGGCAAGCAAAGUUGUCGAGCCAGACGUGGAGAAGGAGGACGAUUGUUCCAGCCAGAGCACGGAACACAUGUGGGAAAACCGGCAUUCUGCAAAGACCUAUGAAGCGUUGCACGGCCCAAUCGGAAAAGGGCCACAGGAGAAGAAGAAUAUCAUCAACAAUUACCGUUCAGCAAAAGCGGCUCUAGACGACGCGGAAGACUGUCUGUGGGAUCGGGGCGCGAUCUUCGACAUGAUGGCUGAAGAAAGACGGCAGAAAGAGCUCGUUGGUGAAGAGCAAUCUGAGACUCUCACAGAGUUUGGGUUGAGAUUGCUGUUCAUAACUUCGCAUUGGACGGGAGCCGUCAGAGAGGCUGAAGCUGAGAUGGAUGCUGCGAAGGCGGCGGCUAUGGCGGCUGGAGUCCAGAUUCCUGGGUCAAUAACCUCUCGAUUUGUCGACGAUAUCGACGAUGUUGACAAGGUGAAGGGCGGUGAUGCUGUGCAUCCCAGUUUCAACAGGGAGGCCGUCACUCGAUGGCUUGAGAGCGUUCCCACGCAAGAGCCAGGCGCAGAUCUGCUGGAUGCUGAGGAAGAAGCUCUGGAGAACGUUGAAAGAGACACUUGGGAUGCACCGUCGGUCGAGCUAUAG